UUUACUGAGUUGAAGUAGUGGCAGUAGGAAGAAGAAACAAGAAACAAGAAACAAGAAACGAGAGCCCGCGCAAAAAGACGCAGAAUCAAAGCUUCGAAGCUGUGCCUCUUGUUGCUUGUUAGAGCCUUGCAAACAUGAGUACCAUGAAAUUUUGCCGCGAAUGCAACAACAUUCUGUACCCUAAGGAAGACAGGGAGCAGAAGAUUCUUCUUUAUGCAUGCCGUAAUUGCGAUCACCAGGAGGUUGCUGAUAACAACUGUGUGUACAGAAAUGAGGUGCACCAUUCUGUGGGAGAGCGAACUCAGGUGUUGCAGGAUGUGGCUGCAGAUCCAACUCUACCUCGCACCAAGGCAGUUAGAUGUGUUCAGUGCAACCAUGGAGAAGCCGUUUUCUUCCAGGCAACAGCCCGAGGGGAAGAAGGAAUGACGCUUUUCUUUGUUUGCUGUAAUCCAAACUGUGGAUACCGAUGGAGAGACUGAUGGUGGCUCUAUUCAGGGUUUUAUGUUAGAAAGAUCCAAUUUAUUUUGUCAUCCAAGAGAGAGUGAAUUUUCUUGGUUAAACACAGAACUUUAGAACCAAAAUGCCAUUAUUAUCCUGUUUGCCGAGAAGGAAUCUGAAUUUACGGUUUAUUAAAUUGAACUUUUUAUUCA